ACCCGACAAAAGUACCGCUUGCAUGGUGUAAAACUUAUUUUUCUAGCUCACAAUCACAUCCUCACAUUACAACAUGGGUCUACUUAUUAAGUGCACAAAUUUCUGUUCUCAAUCGGUUCUGAGGCUGGUAUUUCCCGAAAAAUUAAAUAAGCGCUCCGGGCGCUUAGCAUGUCUCAGAACUAUUGGAACUCUUAUAUUCAAACUCAACAUCGUUAGAGAGAAUACACAAUGUCCAUGAAAUUAUUUAUUAGCCAUUUAGGCAGAAAGGCAAAUACAAAGGAAACAAUGCCUGGUUAUAGCACUAACCUUUUUUUUUUUUCGAGCAAAUCAAACCAGAUGUAUACUUCGACACAGUUAUUAUUUAAUUAAUAUCUUACUGUGUUUAUAUCAUAUCUCUCAGGAAUAACUUACAUAAUUAGCUCUAGAUUUGUAUACUUCCGUAAAACAUGCGGAACUUGACACAAAAAAAAGCGGGAAAAGCGCGCGCUAAUUUGACUGAAUCAUCAACUUGAAAGCGAGGCUGGAGAUGUCAUAAACGUCUCUAUGGUAACUGCAAGUUCUUUUCUCGCCUCAAAGUAUUUCUCCUCGCUGCAAAGUUUGUUUAGCGACCCAGAACAGAGGAAUACAAUAUGUUGAAACUAGCAGAUGUGGCUGUACAUGUGCAUACUCAGCAACAACUACCAGCCGAGAUAGUUAAGCAACUCCGGCAAAAUUUCAAACAACCAAAGCGUAAAGUUCACAGAGAGAACAAAGUUCAGAUUCGCACGGAUCGAUACUACAAGCCACUAAAAGGCCCAAAUCACUGGAAAACAAAAUACAGCAGGCAUGUAGGACAGAUGAAGUGUGGAUUUUACACGCCGGCUCAUGUUCCUUAUGAAACGGUGGGAGACGUAGGACUUGAUGUGAAGGAGCUGGUGUUUAAGACACUUAACACAGAAGAGAGGAAAAUUGCUUUGAAAAAGCAAUGGAAUAAGACAGCGACACGGAAAGAAGUCACGAUAGAGGAAGUGCCGAAAUCUCAAGAAGUGAAAUCCGGAAAAAAGACCAAGGAACCCCACCCUGUCCUAAGUACAGGGGGUAUGGGGGAGAUACGGGACAAGUUGGAGGUGAACAAGAAGCGAAUGACAGUGCUGCAAGCAGGCUUGCCUUAUAAGGAAUGCAGGAGGCAGGAGGCAGAGGCUAAGGCGAUGGAGCUACUGCGAGAACAGAUGAACCAGCCAGAGCAGUGCAUCUCACCCACUCGACUGAGACAGAUCUUGUCCAAGAUGAGAGUCAGCGAACGCUCAGACAGCCAGUGUGAAGAGGGUGAGGUUGCCAUGGAUACCAUACCCCAGGAAGUGUCCCAUGAGGACAUGCUCAACCAAAGGGGAAUACGAGAGCGCAAUGUGAGGAACUUUAGUACCAAGCUCAACUGUCUUCACACGCUGCUGUGCUAUCUCUACCAGCUUCGCAGUAGGGACCUACGCACAAAGAAUCCUCUGUCUAAAGAUUUCCUGAAGAACCUCAAACACACGGUUCCGCUUGAUCAACGGGGGCGCAUAAUCCGCAACCAGCGGUUAUUAACUUGCAAUCCAUCUAACUCGAGAGGGGGGUACCCGCAUAGAUCCUCAACAGAUGCCCUUGAGUCCCGGAUGGACGGUGAUCACCAUCCCUCCCCCCACAAUCGCCCAAGUGACUUUCACGAGUCAGUGUCAUACUUGUUCCGAGGGGGGACGGGUGGGGAGGGCAGUCGUACUGAUUCCCGCACGACUUUCUUUGCGAGAAAAUUGGCAAAAUUGGAAGACAAAAACGCACACAGAUUAAAAGAGAGCCCACCUGCCAAGGCGCCGGAAAUGACGUGGGACGAUCUGUUAGAGGGCCGGUCGGCAUAUCCGCCCAAUCUCAUGGCUGGUGCCCAGGACAGCUCGACCCGAGGUGGCGCAGGCGGUAGCAGUUUCGCUCAGUCUGUACGACACAUUUUCCGACGAAGGCGUACUGGUAUUCUUCACCAUCUUCCUCAGAACAUUUUAGCAUCUUCGCAACCCGCUGACCAGAACAUGACUUUAUGGCAACAAGUCGCCGCUAAUGAGAAAAACUCUAAGGAAUUCAAAUCAACUGGCGUUACUCGUAUGAACCAGAUGAGAAGAAGGAAGAGUAGACAUAACUCUCGGGUGCGGUCCAUCAAGGAUAUUGUAGGAAAAGACUUCGACAACAUUCGCACGAAGGCAGCAGGAAACGUGAUAGACAAACUCAGACAGAUAGAAAGCCAGGAAGAUAACAUCUUUGAGCACAAGUUUCGUGCUCUCAAGCCUUUGCACCUUUUCGAGGUGGAUGUGACCUCCGUGCGUCAGGUCGGGAUCAAAGUGAACAAGGACUACACGGACGACAACCUCAAGCCAGCGGAAUGGUACAACAGGCUUUUGAAAGAAGCCGAAAUCUUUGGUCUGAAAGACGAGCAGGAGGUCAACCUGCUGAACCGGUUUUACCCGUUUGCAAUCGAUGACAUACAGAACCUUCCUUUUGUCAAGGCCAAACUUUGUCUGUUGAUCCAGUCCCUACCUAUCUACGAGCUGUGCACCGUACAUAUGCAAGAAGCAAUACAGUACUUGAUGCUAGGUGUCCUCGACUGUAAUUGUCAUUAUAAUAUUCUGAACAUUGUUCUUAUCUUGGGCAGUACUUGAUGCUAGGUGUCCUCGACUGUAAUUGUCAUUAUAAUAUUCUGAACAUUGUUCUUAUCUUGGGCAGUACUUGAUGCUAGGUGUCCUCGACUGUAAUUGUCAUUAUAAUAUUCUGAACAUUGUUCUUAUCUUGGGCAGUACUUGAUUCUAGGUGUCCUCGACUGUAAUUGUCAUUAUAAUAUUCUGAACAUUGUUCUUAUCUUGGGCAGUACUUGAUUCUAGGUGUCCUCGACUGUAAUUGUCAUUAUAAUAUUCUGAACAU